AUGUUUUUCCUUCAAGCAGAGAAACAGAAGGAUGUGGAACUUAAAUUCGCGCCUACCUAUCUGCAGUCUGCAGAUUCGAACGAUGAUGAUUACGACGAUGAUUAUGAUGAGGAAACAGAUGAAUCUAGUUCGGAAAUGGAGAAACACGAUUUCAACAUCUAUGAUCCUGCUAAAGCAACACCACUGGAGGAGGUCAUAAUAGACACCUAUAAUAACGGCGAAAAUGCCUUCGGUCAACCUCAACGCGAAUGGCAGGAGCCUUCUUACACAUACAAUCCACCAGUCAAUUACGCAUAUCAAUACAAUGAUACUCCUAGUUCCUAUGAGUACAAUAGAACCCUCUACAACAUGACUUAUUCACUUGAUUCUAGUAGAACCUCUGACUGGUCCGAAUCGUAUCCACAAGGAAGUUCUGAUGCUGAAAGGUCCGAUAACCGUGACUACUAUAGUCAUAGACGUCCUGAAAGUGACUAUGAUCGAACACAGAACUAUGAAUCCUCUUAUAAUUAUUCCUAUCCUCAAAAUCAAAACCAGUAUCCUCAAGAACCAUACAGACGUCCUGAACAUACCAGCUACAGUAGUAGUCAUGAUGAUUCUUUUAGAUACAAUUAUGGAUUACCUUCCUCACAACAAGGAGGAAGCAAUGAGAAUUACAGCCAAAAUAAACGUAGGGAAGAUGAGGAAUAUUCCCAAACCACUAAUCCAUCUCUAUACUAUGGUUAUUCAGAGCGCGAAAGGACUCAGGACAUUAGAUACAAUUAUGAAUCGAAUCCCCAGGAGGGCAGUAGUCGGACGCAAUACUCAGAUGACAACAAUUACACCUACACUCAAGACCGUGAUCAAAAUCCCGAUUACAGUCAUAACUACUCUCAGAAUCUCAAUAGGGACAAUGAUGAUAGACGAACUGGAGUAAAUGACAAUGAAAGUGUCUCCGAGACACUACCUGAAGAGAGGGUAGAUGAUAGAUCGCAGUACUACGAUCCCCAACGACGACAGAUUAAUGAGAAUGACCAAGAAGUCACUUUCGAUGAUAAUAGAGAAAACGAGGCCGAUUACUAUGAAAGUGAGCAUUCUCAACCAGUUCGAGUAAUCGAUUCCAUUACUCCUGAUCCAAGAGAGGUUGAUACUGAUCCCUAUGGAGGAGAAAAUCACCGUAGCUAUGACAAUAGACUGGUUUAUCAGCCGGACUCUUCCAAUGAUCCAUAUACAAGACAGACCCAGACAGGCUACGACAGCUAUGAAAAGCCACAGGACACCACAACCAACUCCUAUCAUAAUCGAAUGAAUCAGGUUGAUGAAUAUUGGAGAGAAGAGGAGAGACGCAAAAAAAUGUAUGAAAGCCAAAACACUUACAGACGAGAUUCUGGAAGUGAACGUCUAGACAAUUGGGCCGGAUGCUCGUUUGACUCUAUGGGUCGACCGAUAAACUGUCCUACUGGAUCUCCAGGCUCAUGGAGCACUAACGAAGACCCAAUUUCCAUGCAAGCUCCACCUCAACCCACCCCUCAAGUUUAUCCACUACCCGGAGUUAACGAAUUUCCCUCGAAUCCUGCAGGGGAUAAAGCAUCUGCAGAGGCUGAAGCUGAGCGCAGCGCUUUUGAACGAGCCAAUCAAGUGCAGUUGAGCGUUCCCCACUGGCCGACAAGAGAUAUGGAUAGGCUUGGUUUCUACCCUUCCCAUCCAGCUUGUCGCCUUCCACCUAAGUGGGGUGUCGGACCUGAGGAACGAUCGGCCUGGUUCUAUUCACCCACCAGCGGUCGGUGUUUGUGGUUCUCCUACGCUGGCCAUGGUGGCAAUGCCAAUCGAUUCUACUCGAGAGCUAAUUGCGAAUCUCUUUGUGUCUUUGACCACCGCGAUCUUUGUCAGAACGCCAAAUGCGGAUAUCCGGGUAGCCAGUGCAUGUUGAGGGGGGAUGAGCUCUGCAAAGAGUAUGCGAAGAGUCGUGGAAAGGAUAUAGAAACUGAAUGUCCUCCUGAUCAACCCGUGUGCAGAGCACGUAGGGCCAUCAUACCUCCAGAAUACGACACAACAAUGGUACCGAGGGAAUGUAAGGAGAGUGUUGAUGCUGGUGGAUGUCUAGUGAAAAAUCCUUUGAUCCGUUACUACUACGAUGAGCGCUCGAACACCUGCCGCGCCUUCUACUUCCAUGGUUGUGGAGGUAACAACAAUCGGUUUGAAAAUAUGCAGGAAUGCAUGAAUCACUGCGCUCUAUAA